ACAACAAUCCGAUUCCAUCAGUCGCAUUUGUCAAGCUACCGCGGUGCAGUUCUGUUAAUCUUGGAUCGAAACGUCAACAAUCAUUUCGCGUUUAACGUUUCCUCAGCAAUAACAUUAAUCGGAAUUCGUGUAAAUCUCGUUCUACGAACCUUCUCUUGCGAAUUUUCGGCAAUACAGCCUCUAAUAAUAAUAAACCACGUAUUUUACCGGAACGCAUUGCUGUAUCGUUGUGUUUCCUCUGGGAAUUAUCCUCAUACUCUCAUCAUCCUCGGGAUCCGUUUAAAAAUCAGUGACUGACGCACGAACUUUUCGGUUCCAUCUCCGUCAACCGCGGUUGAUAUGAAAAGGACGAUUCGAUUAAUUCUGUGUUGCAAUUUAACUGUUUUGACACGCAUCAUACCAAAAAAUCUUUAGCAGGAGGCUAUUUUCUUCUAUAACGUACAUUUAAAUGUGUCUCGAAAAUUGUAUCCGAAGUUUUUAUGUCCAUUGAAAAUAAUCGUGGCUCCUAGCCAAACCACGAAAUAAAUCACCGAUCGCACAAGAUCUCCCUUGUGAAUUUCAUCAGUCCAUCGUUUCAUCAUGUCAGUCCAUCGCGUAACGCGUUUUGCAGUUAGCUCAAUUGAAGGCGCUUCUCGAAACUCAUUUUUCUAGAAAGUGAAUUCAAGAACGCAAAAAAUCUUUAGCAGGAAGCUAUUUUCUUCUAUGACGUACAUUUAAAUGUGUCUCACAAAUUGUAUCCGAAGUUUUUGAGUCCGUUGAAAAUAAUCGUGGCUCCUGACUCCUGACCAAACCACGGAAUAAAUCACCGAUCGCACAAGACCUCCCUUGUGAAUUUCAUCAGUCCAUCGUUUCAUCAUUUCAGUCCAUCGCGUAACGCGUUUUGCAGUUAGCUCGAUUGAAGGCGCUUCACGAAACGCAUUUUUCUAAAAAAAAAAUUGAAUUCAAGAACGCAUUCCACGAUGGAAAUCGAUCAGUUUGAAGAGUGUGCGAAAAGCGGUCUGGUCUGCGCAAUCCACGAAGGCAAACUAUCGGAUGUCCAAGGACUCCUCCCGCUGGCGAACCUCUCAAAGCAAGAGGAGUUCUACUGCCUGUUCAACUCCUUAUUCUACGACCACCACGGCAUCACAAGCCUCUUCCUGAAGAACGGGUUCGAGUUCGUCAACCCGGAGAAGAGGUCCUGCCCUUCCGUCUUCCGGCUCACCGUCUUCAACCCCAACAUCGAGCUCAUCGACAUGCUCCUCAAGAACCCACCCCAAAACGACCAGAACAUCGACGAGCCCCAGAUCUCCCCCCUCCUCCUCCUGGCCUUCCGCGGCGGGGCCAACAAGAGAUUCGUCUCCUUCUUCGAGUCCCUCCUCUGCAAGCCUGGCGCCGAUCUUGCCUAUCUCCUCGACUCACCUCUUUUGCCCCCUUCAUUUCCUGCUGGUAGGCAACCGGCGUUGACCCUGAGGACCUUCCUCGAGUACAGCUCCGCCGUGAUGAGGCUCUCGGACUUCUCGUCGCUGUUGUACCUAGCGUUCAGCAGGGGGAAUGAGCGGAUCGUGAAGCUGCUUCUGAGCCGGAUCGUGGCCGAUGACCUGGUGGAUCUCCUGGAGACGAUACUAACGGAAUCCGCGUUCGACGAGUGGCGGCCUGAGCUAUUUCGGAUAAUUUUGGAAUACGGCUCAACAGACAUGCGAAUAGUCCCGGAGAACCACGUGCGGGCCCUCUUCGAGAACCUGAACAGGUGCACCGUCCACUUCCCCCACGUCCACCUCAUCAGCAACUGCAUCAUGGGCCGCAUGUUCAACGAGCGGGGCACCAGCACCACCGAGGUCCUCAUCCAGCACGCCAUCAAGAUGAAGGUGGCCGGAUUCUACCGCCAGCAGCUCGUCAUGGUCCUCUUCCACGACCCGGAAAUGGUCACCGACUUCCGGCGGAAGUGCGAGAGCGAACUGGCGGACAUGCGCCGAGAGUGCGUCGGCGACUCCGGCGCCACGUAUUUUGACGUCCUGACGACGGAUCUCAACCGGUUGGCGCUCCUGGCCGCCAAUGACAGGAUCGCCGGGAUUCUAACUUCCAAUUACGUCCAGGAGAGGUUCCCGAUCUACGGGGGUAUGCUGCGGUACCAGUUUGAGAAGGGUAUGGUCAGAAACGAGUUACUCAAAGAGAGUAUCGAUACAUGUUACUCUUCGUUUAGUUACUUCGCCAAUCUACCGUAUGAGCUUGUUGAGACGAUUUUAGGUUAUGUUGAUAAUACCACAUUGCGAGUGCUUGUUUAUCCUCGUGAAGCCGGCAUGCAAAACGUUUUUCUAACGAAAAACCACCAAUUCUCAGUGGAAUUCAGCUAGUUUUGCGUGUUCCUGUAGGUAUUUACGGGUAGAGUAGCUAUGUAGGGAGAGUCCGAACUUGUUAAAUAAUGGAGCUCUAAGGACCCAAAAGAGUAGCCAACCUUUGGAAACGAAAAAUGCCACUAAUUGCCAAGAAUGUUCAUAAAUGAGCGUUCUUCCACAAAAAUGGACGUACUUAUGCUAAAAGGAACUAUGUGCAUAGAUUUUUGCGUAAGACAUAGUUCCUUUUGGCAUAAAAUACGUUCAAAUGAGU